AUGAACUAACUGUUCUUGUUUGUUGUCUCUUCAGCUGAGGCAACAGCACUUCUGCAGCAGAAAGAACGAGCGAAGAUGAUGGGGUUGGAAACGGUGGUUGAUUUGGCGAUUCACGAUGUUCUGAGGAGGCUCAGCCCUGAAGACAUUGCCAGAGUCGCAUGUGUGAGCAAGAAGUUGAGGUCUCUAGCCUUCGAUGAUGACUCUCUUUGGCUCACAAUCUGCAUCAGUGAACUCGAUUUGCAUCAGCCUCUUGAUCAUCUCGGAAACCCUCUUCCUUCCUUCAAGGCAACUUAUCAAGCUUGGAGAGAAGCUUUUGCUAUGUAUCCUUGGUCUCUUGUUAAGCGUGUAAAACAGUGCUGGGACAAAUUAAAGACCUGGCUGGUUAAUAAUUUUCCAGAAGCUGAGGCCACUCUUUGUAAAGGUGCAUCUGAAGCUGAGAUACUAGAGUUGGAGAAUGUCUUAGAAGUGAAAUUACCUCUUCCUACAAGGAUCCUUUACCGCUUUCAUAACGGGCAAGAAAUUGCAAAUGGAGAUCUAGAAUCUGAUACAUUUGGCAGUUCAUUGGGUCUAAUUGGUGGCUACUCCUUCUAUAGUCAUUUGGUAAAUGUUUAUCUAUUACCUUUACGUCAGGUAAUCCUAGAAACUCAGAACUUAACCCGUCACUUAGGCUUUUUAAGAAGAUCCAAGUAUGUUCUUGUGGCUGCUUCGUCCACACAAAAUGAGAAGUUGUUUUUCCUCAACUGUAUCGAUGGUCAACUGUAUGUCGGAACCAGGACUUUUUUUACCAGUGAAGACUUGAUCCCUUGUGUACCUCAUAAUCUGAUUAGUUUGCACGGGUUGAAUAAUGAACAGCAACAAGAUGCCAUGCUACUAUGGUUUGAAGAACAUGGUCGCCGUUUACAACAGGGCUUUAUCAAACUUCAUGAAGAGGGAAAUAACAGAAGCAUUAAUCUUUUCCCAGAAGAACCCCCUCUUUGUUCAACGGCUAUAACCAAUGGCGUGCAGGUUCGAGCUUCUGCAUUGUUUGUCCCGGAGUUGUCUGAUCUUCAAGAUGACCUUGAAAAGUACUUAUUUGCUUAUUCAAUCCGCAUGUCCCUACAUCCUGAAGGAUGCAUCAUCAAUGGAAUGUCCUUCAGCUCUUGUCAGCUACAUUGGAGGCAUUGGAUCAUCCGUGCUAAUGAUAUUGUAGUAUCUGAUGUCAAUGGAGAAGCUGUUAUAGGAAUGUUCCCACUUUUACGUCCAGGUGCUGAAGAAUUUGUUUAUCAGAGUUGCACAUAUCUUCCAACAUCAUCAGGUUCCGUCGAAGGCUCUUUUACAUUUGUACCUGGCAGCUUCGUGGGUAAAUGCUUGUAUCUUUGGGAUAUGCCCUCCGGAACUACAGCUAUCAUUCUAUCCUUUGUUUAUCCAUGGAUGAUGUGGGGGUAUCCACCUUCCAAGCAUCUAAACUCAUGCAUCUAACAGCUGUCAAAUUGGCAAACCCAAAAGGAGACUCUUUCCUAGCCACAGUGGACCGCUUCCCUAUUCAGCUUCCAGACUAUAUUUUCUGAUUUUGAUUUUUAGUAGGGUUAGGAUUAAAGUGUUCUAAUGGCAAUACUGCUCUGUGAUUUGCCAGUAUGCAAUGCAUUAUGUUUCUUUCGUGUGAUUUUCUUGGUUGUUGUGAGAGUUUAUGUUGGUCUUGCACAAUUUUUCUCUAUAUUUUAUCUAUCUAGUUAUGAUACAUUCACACCAAA